UAUUCUUCUUCUUCAUCAUUAUAAUCAGCAACUUUUCUUCAUCUUGUUGUUGUGUGAUUUGAGACGAGUGAAAUCCAAGGGGGAAAAAAUGGUGAAACAUGGCCCUCUGUUUGCUCAAAUCCUGUUCCAGAGCUCUCUUGCGGUGAUGUAUGUGAUCACUAGGGUGGCUUUUGAAAGGGGGAUGAGUCGUUUCAUCUUUGUUACUUACAGGCAGGCUAUUGCCACACUUGCCAUCUCUCCUUUUGCCUACUUUCUUGAUAAGAAGAAAAGGCCUCCUAUGACCCUGAAAAACUUGGGUAACAUCUUUAUUCUUGGAUUAUUGGGGGUUCCACUCUCCCAAAUCCUCUAUUUCUCAGGGCUUUACUUCACUUCUUCAACCUUUGCUGCCACCAUAAUGAAUCUCAUCCCUGCCAUUGCCUUUGUCAUGGCUUUUCUCCUAAGAAUGGAGAAAGUGAAUUUGAGGAGUCUAAGGGGACAAGCAAAGAUUGUUGGUACCAUAACAUGUGUGACUGGGGCCAUGAUCAUGACUUUAAUUAAAGGUCCGGUGCUAGGAUUCCUUGGUUUCCUUAAGAAUCCGACCGCUAUUUCAGAUCUUUUGGUCAACAAUUCCGCCGUUGUCCUGAAGGAUAAUUGGACACUGGGUCCAAUUCUGCUUGUGCUAAGUGUCACAGCCUACUCUACAUGGAUAGUAUACCAGGCAUGGACUUUCAAGGAUUAUCCUGCUCAGCUAUCCUUGACAGCGAUGAUGUUGGGCAUGGGUACAAUUCAGUCUGCAAUUGUUUCAGUUGUCUUUGAUAGGUCCUCGGCUUGGAAAAUAGGAUGGAAUUUUGAGCUCUUUACCUAUGUUUACAGUGGUAUCAUGUGUUCGGCUUUGGCGUUCUUUAUUCAAAGUUGGUGCAUAAAGAAGAGAGGCCCUGUCUUUGCUGCUGCAUUCAACCCGCUAUGCACAGUGUUGGUGGCCAUUUUAGAGCCUAUUAUUCUUCAUGUCGAUGUUCACAUCGGAAGUGUGGUAGGAAUGUUUUUGGUCAUUUGCGGACUUUAUUUCGUUCUAUGGGGCAAAGCAAAAGACAGAAAGACUGCAAAGAUUUUGCCCACCCAAAAUGAAGAAACUCGUCAAGAAACAAAAGAAAGUGAGGAAGAAGGCAUAGUGCCUGAGAUGAGAUCUGAAAACCAAAAUAAAGGCGUAGUACUUGAGAUAAUAUCUGAGAAUCAAUACAAAUGAAAUUAGGAAUUGAGCUUGAGCUUGAGCUUGAGUGGUUAGCAGUUGAUAUUUAGCCGUGUACAUGUCGAACUACUGACCCAAAGAAGAAAAAAAAAAAAAAAUCUAUUUAAAGUGUGAAAGGAGUUCUAUAUGAGAAAGAGCACAACCUAAAGCACUAUAAAAUUGCACCUAAGGUGCCUACUGACUCACCUUGUCAUGAAGUUUUGGAGUGGCAUCGUUCUUCUUUAAUUCAGGAACUUCUCAAGAUUGGAAACAUGUCAUUUUCAAAGUAGUAUUAUUUUUGUUUGGUCUUUUGCAUAUGGGUUGGGAACUGGAGUCCAAACACCAUCUUAAGAUUGCACGAUUUGACCUGUAUACGGCCCUAGAAUUCGAGCCCUGAAAGCCACAGUCACUUUAAUGUGGUGCCUUCG